GGUACCAUGGCGACGCCGGGUGGCGGGGCUGGCGUGGUAAUGGCGGCUUGGACCAUCUUAACCGUUCUAGCUGAGAGUGCGUUCCUCCUGCUGGUCCUCCCUCGCGUUUCACAGGCCCAGACCUUCUCCUUCCCUUUUCGUCGGCCAGAGACGUGUGGGCACAACCAGUACUUUGAUAUCUCCGCCCUCGCCUGUGUUCCCUGUGGAGCCAACCAGAGGCAGGAUGCCCGAGGAACUUCAUGUGUGUGCCUUCCAGGAUUUCAGAUGAUUUCUAGUAAUGGAGGACCUGCCAUUAUCUGUAAAAAGUGCCCAGAAAACAUGAGAGGUGUUACCGAAGAUGGUUGGAACUGUAUUUCUUGUCCUAGUGGCUUAACUGCAGAAGGAAAAUGCCACUGUCCCACUGGCUAUAUUUUAGUGGAAAGAGAUGUUAAUGGAACAUUACUGUCUCAAGCAACUUGUGAACUCUGUGAUGGAAAUGAAAACUCUUUCACAGUAGCAAAUGCUUUAGGAAACAGGUGCGUCCGAUGUGAACCAACAUUUGUUAAUACCAGCAGGUCCUGUGCAUGUUCAGAACCUAACAUUUUAACAGGGGGAUUAUGUUUCAGUAGCACUGGGAAUUUUCCUCCACGUAUAACUUCUGCUGCACGUUAUGGAGAACUCGGCAUGUCUAUAAUUUCAGAAUGGUUUGCAAAGUAUUUGCAAUCAGCAGCAGCUGCAUGUUGGGUGUAUGCCAAUCUAACAUCUUGCCAAGCUCUUGGAAAUAUGUGCGUAAUGAACAUGAAUUCUUAUGACUUUGCCACAUUCGAUGCGUGUCGACUAUUUCAAUAUAUCUUUGAAAAUACUGCUGGACUUAGUACUGUUCAUUCUAUAUCAUUUUGGAGACAGAAUCUUCCAUGGCUAUUUUAUGGAGACCAGCUAGGAUUAGCACCUCAAGUACUCAGUGCUAUACCUCUUCCUACGAAUUUCAGUUUUAAAGGGCAAAACCAGGAUACAAGACUAAAGUUUGUUGCUGCAUCCUAUGAUAUAAGAGGAAAUUUUCUCAAGUGGCAAACUUUAGAAGGAGGUGUUUUACAGCUUUGCCCAGACGCAGAGACAAAACUAAAUGCUGCUUAUUCUUUUGGAACAACCUAUCAACAAAAUUGUGAGAUUCCUCUCUCUAAGAUCUUAACAGACUUUACCACACCUAUAUUUUAUGAUGUGUACCUUGAGUAUACUGGUGAAAAUCAACAACAAUAUAUUUGGGCCGUGCCUGUGUUGAAUCUAAAUCUUCAACACAAUAAAAUGUUUGUGAACCAAGACAGUAACUCUGGCAAGUGGCUUCUAACUCGGCGCAUUUUCUUAGUGGAUACAGUAAGCGGACGAGAAAAUGACUUAGAAAGUCAGCCAAGAGUGAUUCGAGUUGCUACCCAGAUAUCACUGAGCAUCCACCUUGUACCAAACACAAAGAGUGGAAACAUCUAUUCUCCCUUAAUUACUAUUGCCUACAGUGACAUCGAUAGCAAAGAUCCCAACAGCCAGUCUGUGAAGGUUUCUUUUUCAGUCAGUUAUGAAAUGGAUCAAGGAGAAGCUCAAGUCCAGACAGAUAUUGCUCUGGGCGUGUUGGGUGGGCUAGCUGUUUUAUCAUCUCUUUUGAAGACAGCAGGGUGGAAGAGGCGCAUUGGGAGUCCCAUGAUUGAUUUACAGACCGUUAUGAAAUUCUUGUUGUACUACGCUGGUGACCUGGCCAAUGUUUUCUUUAUCAUCACAGUGGGAACAGGUCUUUAUUGGCUUAUUUUCUUCAAAGCACAGAAAUCUGUCUCUGUUUUGUUACCAAUGCCAGUUCAGGAAGAACGUUUUGUUACUUAUGUGGGAUGUGCUUUUGCUUUGAAGGCUCUGCAAUUUUUGCAUAAGCUCAUCUCCCAGAUUACUGUAGAUAUAUUCUUUAUUGAUUGGGAACGACCUAAAGGAAAGGUUCUUAAAGCUGUUGAAGGCGAAGGUGGUGUGCGGAGUGCCACUGUUCCAAUAAGCAUAUGGAGGACGUAUUUUGUAGCAAAUGAAUGGAAUGAAAUUCAGACUGUGAGAAAGAUUAAUCCACUCUUUCAAGUACUUUCUGUCCUCUUCUUUUUGGAGAUUGUGGGAUUCAAGAACUUAGCAAUAAUGGACCCAUCGUCUAGUCUUUCCAGAAGCCCACCUAGCUACAUAGCACCUUAUAGCCGCAUUUUGAGAUAUGCAGUGUCUACUGCUCUUUGGCUAGUCAUUGGAAUUAUACAGAUCAUGUUCUUUGCUGUCUUUUAUGAGAGAUUUAUAGAGGAUAAAAUUCGACAGUUCGUUGAUUUAUGCUCUAUGAGUAAUAUAUCAGUAUUUCUUUUAUCCCACAAAUGUUUUGGAUAUUACAUUCACGGCAGAUCAGUACAUGGGCAUGCAGAUACUAACAUGGAAGAAAUGAAUAUGAAUCUUAAAAGAGAAGCGGAAAAUUUGUGUAGCCAAAGAGGUUUGGUACCCAACACAGAUGGUCAGACUUUUCAAAUUGCAAUUUCUAGCCAGAUGAGACAACACUAUGACAGAAUUCAUGAAACACUAACAAGGAAAAAUGGUCCUGCUAGAUUACUGGGUUCAUCAGCAAGUACUCUUGAGCAGAGUAUAAAAGCAUAUCAUAUGAUGAAUAAAUUUCUUGGCUCUUUCAUCGAUCAUGUUCAUAAGGAAAUGGAUUACUUUAUAAAAGAUAAGUUACUGCUUGAAAGAAUUCUUGGAAUGGAAUUCAUGGAACCAAUGGAAAAAAGCAUCUUUUACAAUGAUGAAAGUUACUCUUUCAGCAGUGCUCUGUACUAUGGAAAUGAAGCUACCCUUCUUAUUUUUGAAUUGUUGUUCUUCUGUGUAGUGGAUUUGGCUUGCCAAAAUUUUGUUUUAGCAGCCUGCCUUACAUACCUACAACAAGAGAUUUUUAGAUUUAUCCGUAAUACGGUUGGACAAAAGAAUUUGGCAUCCAAAACAUUGGUGGAUCAAAGAUUUCUUAUUUAAUUUUUUGAGUAGAGAAAGACUCCGUAUAAUGGCAAAACUCUGUCCUGAUAUCAGGUUAAUUUGCCAUUUUUUAAAAUAACUUGUAUUAGAGAUUCUGUUUUUAGUUUGUUUUUUAAUCUGCAGAUUUAUUUUUAUAACUUGUGAAUAUAUAGUGUGAUAUAAUGGAAAAUAUUGUGUCCUAUUAUGUAUGACAUUUAAUUCACUAACUAAUAAAUUAGCAUUGAUAAUGAAGCCCCAUCAUUUGUCUUUGUAAAUCAUUUUAUAAACUGGGAUAUGCCUGUAUUUUCUUACAUUGGUAAAAGUAUUUAAUUCCAAGUUCAAGACUGGUUUUCAAUUUAGUAUUUUCAUGUUUUACAAAUUUAUCAUUAAAAAAUAAAUGUUGAAAGUUAUUUUCAGGUUUAUUUGGAAAUUUGAAAUUGUAUUGCUGACUCCUUUGCCUCAUUCUAAUUGUUCACCCUGUUUGAUGAUGAACUUUCACUUUUAGAUUAAUAAGCAUCUUUUGAAAUGGUACCUAAUCAUUCCUUUGUAUGCCUAUAUUACCAGGUCAGUGUAGUCUUCAUGAAGUAUAUUUAUAUCCCAAAUGUGGCUUAUAUUUAUUAAGUCAUCAUGUCUGAUAUUUUUAUCAUUUCUGUUCAUGUUUUAAGCAUACUUCAAAGUUUUGCUCUUCAAUUAUGUUUAAAGAUUAUAGAUAAGUAAUAAACCAUAAAUUUAUUGUGUUAUGUUGAGAGGGUGAUUUAUUGAAAGCAAACUUGGGCUUCAUAAAUCAGUGAACCUUUUUUUUUUUUUAAUAAAAAAAUAGGAUCCAAAAUGUAAUUAAACCCUGAGGUAUGCAGCUAAUAAUCUCCUAUGAUAUGCUUUUUUUCCUCAGCAUACUCUAUAACAAUCCUUUUCAUUGUAUACCAUGUACUUAAAAGACCCUCACAUUACAGGUGAAAUGGUCACUAGGCUCUAAAUCAACAUUUCUUACUGUUUUCUAUGUUAAUGCUGUGUAAAUACUUAAAUGUAAUGCUAUGUAAAUAUUGUUUGUAUUUCUGAAUUGA